AUGAAUGCACACCAAAUAAGUUCAGAUCCCAAUCGACACAUGUGGCCGUCCGGUGAGGCUCUCAACUCACAGCAACAUAACAACAACAACAACAACAGCAGCAACAGCAACAGCAACAAUGUUAUACCAGCGACAACCAUGUCUAUGAAUCCUGGACACUACUUUCCUAAUGGCUUUCAGUUAAAUCAAAUGUGGAUGGAUAGUCUUGCCAAAGGCAUGACUCAAGAACAAGUCUCAUCGCAAAAGCAACAACAACAACAGCAGCAACAGCAACAGGAACAAUAUGAGCCAAACUUUUCACCAACUCCGCUACCGCAGCACCACCACCAACAACAACAACAACAACAACCGCAGCAAUAUGCAAAGACAGUGAUCCAAUCAGCUAUCAAUCACAAUCACAGUCACAAUUCAAAUCCAAGUCUAAUGCAGCACCCUACGAAUAACAUGAUGACUGCUACAGCAGGCUUUCCACAGUCCACCAACGUGAAUGCUUCCUUUUCUGCCGCACCUAUGCAAUUACAGACCACGGCAUCACUGAUUCCAAUGCUCAACCUUCAUCAACAGCAUCAUCAUCAUCAACAACAACAACAACAACAACAACAACAAGCUAAUAAUACUACUCCAACCCCCAGCAUGAUGAGUCCAAACAAUGUUCCUGUCAGUCUACAGCAAAGAAUGUUGCUUCAAAAACUGAAAGCCACAGGAGCAGCAGGAGCAGCAGCCAAUUUCCCACACGCAGCUCAUCUCCAAGGCACCCGUGCGGACCAAGUGGCUGCCGAAAAGGAACGCAAACGCAAAAAUCGAGAGUUUGCCAAGCGAAGUCGAGAGAAACGAAAGAAUGAACACAAAAGUUUGGAAGAGGACUUGUUUAUACUCCAACAAGAAAAUGCCCGUCUGCGACAAAUUGUCCAAGACAAAAUACCAUCCAAGGCCCAAGAGAUUCUCAAGAAUUGUUGCAAGGAUCAUCCGCUUCAUCAUGCGGCAGUCAAGCAAGGCGUCAAUGAUGCCUUGGCCAUGUCGGACUUUCACAUGUUGGAAAAUCUCAUCAAGGAACAGCAGUCCUUUUGCAUGACGGAUCCAAUGCAACCUGACAAUCCCAUCGUAUAUGCCAGUCAAUCUUUUUAUCAAUUGACGGGAUACACCAAGGAACAAACCUUGGGCCGAAAUUGCCGAUUCUUGCAAGGAAAAGACACGGAUCCAAAAUCUGUGGCAUUGAUACGGGAGAGCAUCAAGAAUGGAAAGGAUACUUCUGUCAACUUGUUGAAUUACAAGGCGGAUGAAACCCCCUUCUGGAAUCAAUUCUUCAUUGUGGCGCUUCGGAAUCACAGUGGCAAGGUUGUCAACUUUGUGGGAGUGCAAUGCGAGAUUGAAGAUCCAAACGAGAGCGUAUUAUCUGAAGAUUCUUUUUGCAAAGUAAUUGAACAAAAGAAUAAAUGCAUCCGCAUCAAGGGACCGGCGGGAAUUGGGGGUUUACCUACUGGAGAACCAUUGACCCUAGUCUCGGAAGGCGAUGUGGAUGGUAAUAUGGACAUGCAAGCAGUCAGGGCGUCCAUAUCUCAGAAUAAUAAUAAUAACAAUAAUGAAAUCCUGCAGCCAUUGGAUGCCGAUUACAAUGGUAUGAAUGGUAUGAUGGAUGAUGAAGAGAAUCGAGUGGACUGGUCCAUGCUGGCAAACGUCCUCGAAGAUGACUUUCGAAGUGAAUUUAGGAGUGAAAUCGAUGACUCGGAACGCAGCAUGGCGGACGAUAACAACACGGCGUCUGUUGGAGGAGAUCUUCAAUCGGAAUUGGCCGAAGCUGAAGAUUCGGAUGGAUCGGAUACCGAAAAUAAGGGACAAGUUGCCGAUCAUCCACCAGAGGCAGAACUCGAAUAUCGAUCAUUGACGCCACGAGCAUUCGUUACGAGAACCUGCCGUAGUGAGUUGGUUGCAUCCUUGCUGUCUUCGCAUGGUGAUGUGACAAACCCUCGAUUCUUGAAGGCAUUGGAAGUCAUGUCGAGUAUCUAUGCAUCUUCGGAUCCUGGAAGACCAGUUGACGACACAUCCUUCAUUGAUAACUUUUUGAACAGUGCAUGGGUCUCACUUAGUCGCCCAGCCUAUGAUGGAUGUCUUGGGAAGACUGGCCGUGGAGAUUUUGUGUAUUCCUUGGGCAAGAUGAGUUUCAACAUGUUCAAACCUGGACACUUGAAGUGCAGUAUCCAACACACUUUGAACAAGAUUGACUACGUUUGCGACAUGAACGAAGCGCGAAAUGUAGUCCCUUGGAGUCUACGAAGAGAGCUUGCCAUGACGGAUGAGGAGGACGCUGAAACAUUUGAAAAACAGCAAAAGACCUUGCGUUCGUAUGACAUCGAAAUUGCAAUGACUAUCCAACCAAGUGAUGAUGAAAUCGGCCCAAAGAAACCACUUCGGGCGAUUCAAGUUGUGAAAGGUUACAUGUUGCGAGAUCCAAAUGAGAAGAACCGAUUAUCGGUUUGGUUUACAGGUGGAAAGCUUUCUCCCUUUAUACCAUAUGAUUCGAAUGGCGAACUGAUGAAAGAUGAUGAACAUGGCAGUUUUGAAGAUUGGAAGGCCAUUUUUGAUCAAGAGUACACAAGUUCAUGGAGCGAAUCCUUCCAAAAUAUUGGUGCCAAGCUAUUUUUGGGCGCCCAGUUGCCUCACGGAGUCAACGCUGAUGGAAGCUUGCACUACUCCUUGACCCGACCGUAUGGUGGUCAUGGUAAAAGUUUCAUUGACGUUUUGUAUCUUGAUGAAGGAUUAUUCAUUACGCGUGGAAACAGUGGAACCAUUCAUGUGAUGGUUAGAAGUAACCUCUUGGGCCCAACAAAAGAAGGCGAUAGCCAAAUCGACGGAUGUGUAAAGAGUGCGACAGAAGUUAGUGGUGCAUCAGAGCCUACCGCAAAGAGGAAAGCUAGCGGUAUGGACGAAGUUCCUAAUGAAUCCAAUUCAAGUGCCAAAAGUUCCUGGCAAGAGCAACUGAGAAAAGAGCUGGCGAAUCGCAAUCCAGCUUCGAUUGCUGAUGAUCUCAGUUCAAUCCUUCAAGAGUAUGGUAUUCAAAUUGAUCCUGCAACAAAAAGGGCUAAAUUAGAUUAA